AUGCAGGGCGUGUGUGAGCAGCACAUCAUUUUCCAACAGCAGGAGCAGGAAUGGCUCGGUGGAACAUUCAACAUCUACUGUAUGUCUUUGAUUAUAGAACAGUCAAAUAUGUGGCCACGCAGAAUAAGAAAGUGGGACUCUUAUACAGAAUCUUUCAACUCACUGUCAUUGGAUAUCUCAUUGGGUGGGUAUUUAUUGAAAAGAAACAAUACCAGGCAAAAGAUGAUACUGUCGAGAGUUCUGUGUUAACUAAAGUUAAAGGAGUUGCACGGGUCAACACAACAGAUUUCAAAUUAUGGGGACCAGAGGACUAUGUUUACCCAAAACAGGGUGAGGAUUUUCUGUUUAUAAUAACCAAUUUCAUCGAGACGGCAAACCAAAAAAUGGGCAACUGUUCAGAG